AUGGCGCGCCUGGCGGCGCUGCUCGCCGCCCUGGCGGCGGCGGCGGCCGCGGCGCAGGGGCCCAACAUGACGGAGUGGGAGGCGAAGAAGGCGGACGCGAAGGCGGCCGAGGACGCGGCCAAUGCCAAGGAGAAGAAGCAGGCUGCCGUGAACAAGCUCCUAACCAUGCUGUCCGACAUUCGGACCCAGGCGAUCACAGAAGGCGCGGAGGAAGCGAAGACCUACAGCCAGUUUGCGUGCUUCUGCAAGGACACGAUCGCGGCGAAGCAGGCGUCCAUCACCGCCGGGAAGGACGAGAAGGUCGCCCUCGAGAGCUCCAUCGCCGAGCUCGUCAGCGCACGCGACCAGCUGGACACCGACAUCGCCGGGUACCUGGAGGGCAUCGAGUCCACCAACGCUGAGGUCGAGGAGGCCAAGGCCGCGCGGAAGCAGGAGCUCGAGCUGUACCGCACCAACUCCGCCGACAUGAAGCACGCGCUGGAGGCCUUGGAGGGCGCCAUCACCUCGCUGAAGGCCUCGAAGCCGGAGCCUUCGAUGUUGCAGGUGCGCGACAUCGCUAAGACGCUUCGUACCGCCGCAGUCCUGGCGGACGCCCUGGGGCUGAUGAAGGACUCUGGGAAGGGUGGCCUGUCCGCCUUCCUGCAGCAGGGGCCGGAUGUGGAGAUGGAGAACUACAAGUUCCACUCCGACGAGAUCAUCGCGACGCUCGAGAAGCUGCAGAAAGACUUCACGGGCAAGCGCAACGAGAUCGACGAGGAGGAGGUCCGGGCCGCGAGCGCCCACGACGCGGCCAUGCAGGAGAAGGCCAACAAGCUCAAGGCCCUCAACCUCGACAUGGAGGACGCGAAGGGCACGAAGGCGGCCAAGGCGAAGAAGAUCGGCGAGGCGACCCAGCAGUUGACCACCACCUCUGCGGAGCUGCUGGACGACCAGCAGUACCUUGAGAAGCUGGCUGAGAUGUGCACGGACAAGAAGGCGACGUGGGACCAGCGCGCGCAGGCCCGCCAGGACGAGAUCUCUAUGCUCACCCAGGUGCUCGGCGUGAUCGGCGACGCAGUGGCCAACAAGACCACGGCCGCCACGGUGCGCUUCAGCCAGAAGGCCGUGUCCCUGAGGUUGGCCAAGCGGCUGGCGGCAUCGCCCGGCUUCAUGGAGGCCGCGGAGGCCGCCGCGGAGGCGGCCGAGGCGCCCAGCUUCCUGCAGAGGCGGCACGCCCCGCACACCGACGCGGAGAGGGCCGCGGCUGCGGCCAGGGGCCGCGAGGCCAUCAUUGACAUGCUGAAGAGCCAGGGACAGAAGCUGCGGAGCUCGGAGCUGAUGGCCCUCGCCACCCAGAUCGCGGGCGUAUCCUCGGCGGACCCAUUCGUCAAGGUCAAGCAGCUCAUCCAGGAGCUGAUCGAGCGCUUGCUCGCGCAGCAGUCCAACGAGGCCGACCAGAAGGCGUGGUGCGACAAGGCGACGUCCGCCGCCGAGCAGAAGCGGGGGUACGCGGCCGAGAAGAUCACGGAGCUGAACGCCCAGAUGGCGGGGUCCGAGGCCCUGCGCGACAAGCUCUCCGAGGAGCUGAGCGUGUUGUCCUCGGAGGUCGCGGAGCUCAAGGCCAAUCGCGAGAAGGCGGAGGCCAUUCGCGCAAAGGAGAAGGCCGAGAGCGAGGAGGCCAUUGCCGACGCGACGGCGGGGCUGGAGGCCGUCCAGAUGGCCAUGGACAUCAUGGACAAGUUCUACAGGACCCACGCCAAGAACGAGGUCGCCCUCGCGCAGCAGGGGCCUGCGGAUGACGCCCCAGAAGCUGGCUUCGGGAACUUCGAGGCGUACAAAGGCCUGCAGGGCGAGUCCACUGGCAUCCUUGGGAUGAUGGAGGUCCUGGAGUCCGACUUCCAGCGCACCAUCACCGAGACGAAGAAGUUCGAGGCGGAGGCCAAGCAGGAGCACCUGGAGUUUAUGAUCGAGACUGGCAAGUCGCUCGCAGAGAAGGAG